UGUUUACGUUCAUCGCCAGAGCGGAGGUCGGUUCGUGGGUCAAUGCUCUGUAAUUUUCGUUAAUAUGGCGACUGUAGACCGACUGUAUGCGCUCUACAAUAUUAUAUCUGACGCCAAAGAUGACGCAGCUAAGCAUGAUGCAGAGUUUGCAGAGAUCUUAUCUGGUGUGAAAGGGGGAUCCGGUGAAAGAAGACUAACAUCACAGUUCAUUGCUCGGUUCUUCCACCUGUUUCCAACUCAUCAAGAUCAGGCCCUAAAUGCCCUUUUUGAUCUUUGUGAAGAUGAUGAUGUUACAAUACGUAAGCAAGCCAUCAAAGACUUGCCCAGCCUCUGUAAGGGUCGCACAGAAUUGGUGCCCAAGGUAGCUGACAUCUUGGCCCAGUUAUUGCAGAUGGAAGACCAAGCUGAGUUAGCUGCUGUUCAGAAUUCUCUUGUUACUCUUCUUAAAACAGAUGCUAAAGGAACGCUGACAGGACUCUUCUACCAGAUUGAACAUAGUGAAGAUGAGCUAGUACGUGAACGAUGCAUCCGCUUUCUGCACACAAAGAUUCGCUCUUUAGGGUCGGAAGUAUUUAAUACUGAAGUGGAAAAUCUGAUUCUUACUGAAGCUAAAAAGGUUUUACAGGUUGCUUCAUCAGAAGACGAAUUUACUUUAGUUAUGGGAAUCCUCCGUGAAUUGAAAUUGUGUCAAACCAUAAAGGGUUACCAGCAGCUGGUUGACCUCGUGGCUGAGCAGGUAGACUUUACGAGACCCUUUGACCCAGCAGACCUGGAGAGCGUGCAUCGUCUUGCUACUUGUACCAAGCAGGCUUUACCAUAUUUUUCUUCUCAAGUACGGUCUACACAGUUUGUAGAAUACAUGUGGCGGGAAGUUGUACCAGCAUUAGAUCAUCUGGAGUCGGCCGUUGCUGAUGGUGGAAACAAUGCUGCUCUCAUUCUUGAUUUGCUCAAGAUCAUGGCUGAACUUGUACCACAUGCAGGCAGCAUAGAAGAUAUUGGGUUGAAGGUCCUGGCCAUUUACGACAAAUUGCUGGAAGUGAUGCCCCUCCCCCCAGAAGGUGACGCAGCAACAGAGGCCUUAGAAGGUGGAGUGAGCUUGGAGUUUUCACGCGUUGAGUGUCUUCUCUUUACUUUCCACCAACUUGCCAAACAUAAUCCAGAGUUCCUCAACGAGAAUCCAGAUCGCCUCAAAGACUUCAGACUUCGUUUACAGUACUUUGCACGAGUGUCCCAGGCAUAUCAGAAAAGACUCCGUGAAGCUUUAGCGAAUAAGUCUGGGGAGGAGCUGAAGACAGAAGAGAACAAGAUUAAGCUAAUUGCACUAAAGACAACAGCCAACAUCAACCUUCUUAUCAAGGAUUUGUUCCACCAGCCUCCAUCCUACAAGACCAACAUCGCACUUUCAUGGAAACCAGCAUCUGCAUCAAGCAAACCAUCAGUUAACGGGGCUGAAAAACGCCACACACCAAUUACUUUUGAUUCAACAAGUCCAAAGAGCAUGAAGGGAGAACGGCAGAUAUAUGCCCCACCCAGAGACAAGUACAGCCAGAGGGCAGGGCAGUACUCUGGUGGUGCUUUCCGUGGACGAGGCAGAGGACGAGGGAGAGGAUUUGGAUAUAGCUCAAGCCGUGGGAUGCCCUAUAGAGGUGGUUUCCGAGGAAGGAGAGGAAAUUUUAGGGGCUACUAAUCUGAAAAUGAUUAAAUAAAUAAGAAUAAGAAAUAGAAGACGAAAAAAAUGUGGAGAGAAUUUAUGGUACAGUGAAUUUUGUGAUCUGACCAAUAAUGAUUCAGAAAUUUGCAAACACAGAAUUUUACAUUCUACGUUAAACUUGUUGGGAAUUUGAUUUCUGAAUUCAGUGUUUGUGGACUUUUGAGGCUUGUUUUGUGGAUAAAGCUUCAGGUUUAUAUAUAUGUUCUUGGAUGAAAAUGUUUACUGAAGACAUUAUGACCUUCAGAUAUUUAUACGCAAACCUUGUAAUUUUAUUUACAUUAAGUAAAUGUUAUAUUUUCAUUUUAUA